AACCUCUCCCAUUUUUUUUUGUUUAAUACUCCCUUCUUACAAAAACUAUUUAGAAGGGAGUGACAAAAUCAGUGACAUGAGCCUACUACUUGUUUACUCCUCCAAUCCCAUAAUUUUAUCUCAUAAAAUCACAAUUUCAUCAAAAAAAGUUUUGAGCUUUAUAUAUAGUUAUCAAAAUAAUAAUAACCAUAGCUUACCUUCACUCUCAAAACACCCACAUCAACAUUAUUUUCUCUCUCCUCCCAAAUCUCACACUUCUCUCUCAAUUUCUUCUUCUAAUAACCCUAAAUUUUACAAACCCAUAAAUUAUUCCCCAAAAAUGGCAACUUGUGUUCAUUCUUCUAGGGCAGAACCCACAAAAAAUUGUGACACAGAUAGAUCUCAAUCAGAUCAUCAUCGUUAUAGAUACAUAAAUUACUGCCGACCCACUUUUUCUGAUCUUCUUUCCUGCACACCCAUUUCACAGAAUCAUCAAAAACCCAUAAAUUCAAAGGAAUUUAAUGAAGAUUCAGAAGAAGAAAAAGUUGAAGAUUUAUGGUCAAAAAUGGUGGAAGAAGCAAAAUCAGAUGUUGAACAAGAACCAAUAUUGUCAAGUUAUUAUUACAAUUCAAUUCUGUCACAUAAAUGCAUAGAGAAAGCUUUGGCUAAUCAUUUAGCAGAGAAAUUAAGCUUUUCAAGCUUAAAUUCAAACACCCUUUUUGAUUUAUUUCUUGGUGUGUUUGUUGAGAACAGGGAAAUCAUCAAUGAUGUGAAGGAAGAUUUAAGGGCAGCUAAAGAAAGAGACCCAGCUUGUAUAAGUUAUGUUCAUUGUUUCUUGAAUUUUAAAGGGUUUUUAGCUUGUCAAUCUCAUAGAAUUGCACAUAAUUUAUGGUCUAAUGGUAGAAAAAUCCUAGCUUUAUUGAUACAAAAUAGAGUUUCUGAGGUUUUUGCUGUUGAUAUUCAUCCUGGUGCAAAAAUUGGACGUGGGAUAUUGUUUGAUCAUGCUACUGGAGUUGUGAUUGGUGAAACUGCUGUUAUUGGUAACAAUGUUUCAAUUUUGCAUAAUGUUACUUUAGGUGGUACUGGUAAAACUUGUGGAGAUAGGCACCCUAAGAUUGGAGAUGGUGUGUUAAUUGGUGCAGGAACUUGUGUUUUAGGGAAUGUUAAGAUUGGUGAUGGUGCUAAAAUUGGUGCAGGUUCUGUGGUUUUAAAAAGUGUACCACCAAGAACUACUGCUGUUGGUAAUCCUGCAAGACUUAUUGGUGGUAAAGAAAAUCCAAUGAGACUUGAUAAGAUACCUAGUUUUACUAUGGAUCAUACUUCUCAUAUUACUGAGUGGUCUGAUUAUGUAAUCUAGAUUUUUCGAGGCCGUUUUGUGUUGCGGAAAAAGGCUAAAUGAAGAACUUGUUCGCAACUGGUGUGGACUCCACACCAGGUGGAUAUACUAUUUUCUUUUGUGUUGCAGAAAAAAAGGCUAAAUGAAAAACUUGUUCGCGGAGUCCACACCAGGUGGAUAUAUUAUUUUAUAUGUUUCGUGGAGAACAGUUUUUCAAAUGGUUUAAGUGGGAUUUAUAUAUGUCCCUAUGUUUUUGGAAAAUUUGUAAUUUUCCUUUGUUUGGUUUGUUGAAGUGAAGAACUUGAAGUUCUCCCUUGACAAACUAACAACGAUGACGACGACGACGACAACAACAAUCUAGUAUGAAUCCAGCCACAGGCUUAGGAGAUUAGAGAAGCUAAUACUUGUAUGCUAUCUGUUUUUGGUAAUAAGAUUAUAUGUAUUGUUAGACUAGUAGUAUGAGAUACAUUGUGCUUGUAAAAACUCGAGUAAUAUGCCUUUUUCUUUUGAAA